AUGGCCGGCCCUGAGGACUCAGUCAUCUCCCUCGAAUACCGCGGCCGCGUCGCGCUGCUCACCAUCGACAACGAACGCAAGCUCAACGCCCUCUCCCAGCCGCAGUACUACGACCUCGCCCAGAAGCUGCGCGAGAUCGCCACCCACGACGAGGUCUUUGUUACCGUCCUGACGGCCAAGGGGCGCUACUUUUCCGCCGGAGCUGACGUUUCAAUCGCCCGCGCCUCGCCGGGCGCGUCCCCGGAUGCCCACAAGCACUGGCUUCAGUCCUUCGUUGCUUUCAACCUCAACACCACGCAGGCCUUCUACUCGCACCCCAAGAUCCUCGUCGUCGGGCUCAAUGGGCCCGUCGUGGGCCUCUCGGCGGCCCUCAUCUCCUUCGCCGAUUUCAUCUACGCCGCGCCGUCGGCCUUCCUCCUGACGCCUUUCUCGUCGCUCGGCCUCGUCGCCGAGGGCGGCGCCUCGCGCGCCCUCGUCCAGCGCCUCGGCGUCGGCAAGGCCAACGAGGCGCUCAUCAUGAGCCGGCGCAUCCCGGCCGCCGAGCUGCUGCACGCCGGGUUCGUCAACCGCAUCUUCGACACGGCCGAGGGCGGGGAUGCGCGCUUCCGUGAGCUGCUGCUGCGCGAGGUCGACGAGAGGCUGGGCGAGCACCUGAUCGGGGAGAGCCUGACGGGCAUCAAGGCGCUCAUCCGGCGGCCCGAGAUCGAGAUCAUGGACCGGCAGAACUCGCUCGAGGUGUUUGCGGGGCUGGAGAGGUUCAUGAAGGGCGUGCCGCAGGAGGAGUUCCGCAAGAUUGCGAGCGGGGAGAAGAGGCACAAGCUGUGA